AGAGCUGAGGAGCUGAGAGCACAAACUUACAACGCUUACAACUGAAAUAAAGACAAAAGACGAAAUGUAUGCGUGUGAAAUGUACGACAGUAUGAAUGUGAUUUUGUAUAAGUUGUAUUAAUUUUGUUAUAAAAUGGGGAGAACAGUAAUCGCAGAAGUUAAUUUGCUGCCUUAUUUAAUUCAUUUAGUAGAGCCAGACUCUUAUGUGGUAGGGUUAGUUCUCGGCCAGAAUGUAGGCCAGCGUGAUUAUGUGGUUCAUCUGGCACGAACACCACACCCAGCACCCAAAGAUGUGAAAGAUGAAAGUGCAGGAGAUGCAGCUCAGUCUCUAAGUAAAGUGGAACAUCUGAAGCCACUCAAGUCUGUGCAAGAUAUCCAAGAAACAUUGGUUGUCGAUCAUGCAGAACAUGUUACACGGAUGUUGCCAGGAGGAAUGUGGGUGUUGGGUAUUUUCAUUGUUGGUCCAGGAGAUGUGUUUCAGGAUGCAAAGGCUGUGUCUAAAUUACGUACUGUUCUGCACUGUAUCAAAAAGAAUUUAUCAAAUAAAUUCUUUCUUCAUGGAAACAGUCCAAGUUCAGAAAAACUUGCUUUACAUUUAUGCAGUACCACACAAAGGUAUACAUGCAAGUCAUUUGACACCAACAACUUUAAUAGUUCAGUUUAUCCUGUUGAGUGGAAGUUCCAACCCAAGGCUACCAGAUGGCACCAGAUAGAUUGCCAUUAUAACUUAGAUCAAGUCUUUCCAACCAGCUUAGAUAAACAAACACAAUCAUUGAAAAAGAAUCUACAGGAUAUGUUAGCAGCUGUGUGUGACAAUAUCAAGUCAGCCAUUUGCAUGUUUGAUGGAGAGCUGAAAGAUUCAUCAGAAGUACUGGAUGCCUUCGGGAAAAAGAAGAAAUCUAAAGCCAGCAGCAGAGGCAACAACACUGGAGAAGUCAAGACACUAAAUGUCAGUUUAUACAUUCCCUGUGAUACUAGGACAGAAAAGGCUAGUGAAAUGCAAAUUAUUGAAUGUUCUGGUGAGAUGAAAUUCUUUGGCAGUCUGGCAAGUCGAGUGUUCCUACAUCAGAAAGCAACAGUACAAGAGGCAGAACGGGCAGUAAAACAAGAUAUUGUUCGCUCUCUUGCAUCACGACUUGAAUUGCACUGGGACUCCCUUAUAGAAGAGGAAAAUGGAUCUCCAGAAGAGCAUCUGACGCUGCACGAACCACCAAGACGAGUUCUGGUGUCACUGCCAGGUAGCCGAGUUACCCUUUCUGAUUAUUUGUUUCCUGGAGAAGGGCCCUCAGAAGCUUUAAUAUCACUUCAAGAGCUGUUAGACGUGGAGGUGGAAGAGUCAGAUGUGCAGAAGGAUCUAGAAGUGCAGGCUGAUCCUGCAGAUUUCUAUGCGCUUGAUCCUCAACUCGAAGGUGAUGCCUCAGAAGAUAUCCUACCAGUGACUGUGAAUACACACAACAUAUUAUUCAUUGGAUUGGCAAUUGCAGCACUUAUACUGGCAGUAUCUGUUGCUAGUCAGUUAACUAGUUUUAUAGAUAAAACAGAGUGAUAUAUAUUCUUGGAUGGUAAACUUGGCUGUAUUUCUGUAAAAUGCUGUUGAAAAAUAAAUAUAUUUCACACAUAUACAAGUUCUUCAUUUAUUCUCCAUGUAAUGCUUGAUGUCAUGUAUAGUUGAAAACUAAUUAUGUUAUAUAGAUAGGAUAAAACUCAACAACAGUACAGUAACCUAUAGAAAAAUACAGCAUUAUAUAAGCAAGAAGAAUAAACUCUAAUCCCUCACUUAUGUAAGUUACUUGUUUCAUAUGUCGUAAGAGACAAAUCUGUUAGUAUGAAUGCCUGAUGCUAUGUCCUGACAACCUUUUUAUAAUAGAAAAAUGAUAUAACACUGAUGUUAGGAUGAUAAAUGAACACAGGAGCAAUUAGUGGGUUGGAAUGAAAACUGGUGGGGGAAACUGACAUACUCAGAGAAAACCUGCCACUUCACUUUUUCCAUCACAGAAUACCACAUGACCUGACCUGGGACUGGACAGGAGUAACCAUCUGUGCUAUGGCAUGUCCUACACAGAACUGACCAUAACAGAACUUAUACAUCUGUCUACCAAAAUAAACUUACAUUUUGUACAAUACUACCUGUUUCUGUAGUUUACAUGCUCUGCUGUAAAGCUCAAAAUUAUAUAACAGAUGUUAGGUUCAGAAAUUGUAAUUCAUGACAGGGAAGGAAGCAUCUAGAGCUUGUUUUUAAUAAUGUUCAGCAUUCAUUUAAAAUCUUGGGAAAACUCUGAAGAACUACACUGACAGGGAGAUUCAAAAUGUGAAUAAGGUAUGUAAGCUAACUUGUCUGCUUUUGUCUAUUGCUUCUUAUAAAGUCAAUAAAAUACACUUUUCUGAAGUAAUAACAUCUUUCUGAUGUCGAGGACUGGGUACCUCAGCUGCAUGAAGAUGAAGUAACAGGAUAUAAUACAAUGCAAAAAUCUGCAUAAGAAAGAAUUACAUUUAAUUUUCAUAGUAUCUUAUUUGGCAAUAAUUACAUCAGCAAAUUUAUUCAUGGAAAGCAUUAACCAAAUUUCAGCUAAUGCCAAAGAAUAUCAGAUACAUUAUUCAACAUAUUUUUAAAACUGACAACACAGAGAUUAGGAAUAAUCAAUUAUGGAAAUCAAUAAUGCAUUUUCCUUCAAAUGUGAUAAAUAUCUGGGAAAUACUUUUUUUUUUUUAAGUGGCAUUUGCGUGCUUCACAGUACAGCUUUCAACAGUGUAAAACAACUGUGCAUUGCCAAUUCAUAAACAUGUCUCUUCAGUUGUUCUUUUGCAGGAUUACAGUUUGAAAUGUGCAAUGGGCUAUAUCUGACAAUAUGAAAUUCAUAUGGAAAACAUUUUCUUGUCUCAGGCAUUACAACUGGUCAUGAAAUGACCAGCUCACACCUUUUCUCUGCACAGUAACACCAUCUAUGUAGACCAAAAAACCUGGCUUUACAUAUUUUGAACAAAAUUUUCUCUAUAUUGAAA